ACGGGCAACACAGGAAGUCUUACCAUACAAGACGGCAGCGGACAAGUUAACAAAUAUGAUAAGAACAUCAGCUCUCCUGUAAUAAUCGAGCACUUGAACAGAGAUGUAAUUAUAACGGUAAAACUGAACUCCGUUGGAGGAAGUGUACGUCUUCGGGUCGAAUAUUAUGAAGUUGAAUGUGCUCCACAAAGACCGUUCCACGUUUCAGCUGGCGCGAUAUUCGAGAUGACAUACUUUAAGUCCUUACGUCAAACACCAUCACAGGUUGUGGUGGCAUCAUCCGAUCGGCGGUUACUCUGCAGCUCCAUUUUUCAACCCCAAAGCAACACAUCUGUGAAUGGCGGAUCAAUGACAUCAGGGGACUUCCAGCUAUCUUGGAACCGAAAACCUUUUUUUGGGAAUGGCAGCGCGUCACUGCGAAUUUUCGACUAUCAUGGAGGCAUAGAACGAAGUUUACUGGAACGCGAAGCGUCGGAGGAACUCCCACGUUAUUUCCAAACACAAAAAUCCAGAGUGUUGAUCAGGCUUUCAGCUAACAUCCAAAAUGGGUUUCUGUUUUUCCGAAUAAACAGAUAUGCAGUACCAACCAUCAGUUCCCUUUGUGGAGGCAGUCCAAAUAAUGGCAUUCUCAGCGCGAUUGUAAGUAACCGGAACCGGGCCUACAGCUGUUUCUGGCAAAUGCAACGUCUGAAGGAGGGUCCUAUGUGGUUUGAGUCCAAACUAUUUCAAGCACCACUGGGAGUUGCAUAUCUCAGCGUAACCGCGUUAUCAAACUCGUUGGAAAAACUCAGGUUGUCGUUUGCCCCGGAGGAUAUGUGGAGUGCUAAGAGGAUCCAGGUUAACGCAACCGAAAUGUUUGUAGAGCUGGUGGUUCUCAGGUCGGGCCUUCCGUUACUUUUCCGAGCAAAUUACAAUGAACCUACUUAUGUGAAAGACAUGCGAUCCGAAGUUAUUGGUUCGAAUUUUGUGCUGAACUGGAAACAAGGGGAUAUGCCAUAUGAUUUCCUCCGUGUUAGCUGGCAAAAGGACAAUACGGAGGUUCAUCAAGACGUACUCUACGCCAAGCAUUAUCUAUCGAUUCCGAUAGAACGGGAAUCAACUGAACCUUUCAAAAUAUCAGUAUACCUAGUCAAUUCCAACGUAGCUGCAGACACGUGGACCAUACACCAACCAGAAGGUAAGCGCAACCGAACUAGUAAAGCAUAUGCUUACUUUGUUUCUUUACAACUACUGCUUUCUAGACAAAGUGAAAUUGACCCAAUUCUGAUUGUCGAACCCUCAUACACCUCCUUAUCCGUUGAACUGACCAACAUCUAUCAUGGGAGUUGUAAGCUAUGCUUCCUGUGGAGAAAGGAUUUUAACGAUGAAGUUAAAAGUAUUUGCCAGAAUAAUAGUCAACCAGAUAGCGUUAUCAGGAACUUGGAGUCCGGAACAGCGUAUCACGUGACGUAUCAGGUGCAGCGGCAAAAAAGGCUUCUCACUGGUCAUUGGAUGAAGGUAGAAACAUUAUCUUUACUUGCGGACAUCAGGACUGGGGAGCGACCCGGUGAGAUUGUAAUCCGUUGGGAUAUUAGCAAAAGCGCUGGUGUCCAGGUGAGGUUUACCUGCACCGUCAAUGUACCUAAAGACUCUCAGUUGGUGGACUGCGAAAAGGAACUCCCAGUGGGGCUAGUCAGAAGAGGAAGUUAUGUCAUUCCUGUCAAACUUACCGACGUGGAAUACACCAUUCAAUAUCAUGGCACAGGUGAACAGGGACAGCCUAUUGUGGGGCACCCGAUUAUUGUGAAAACA